AUGGCCGACACUCUGGAUCCGGUUGCUCAGAUUUAUCAGGGCAUUUGGACGGAUUGGUCGAGUGGCAAGAUAUGGGGCCUUACCUUAACAUUAAGCCCAACGUAUGCCACAAUCCUGACCAGUUCGCUGGCUGUCUUUGUCACAAUCUGCGGUGUUCAGCUCUGGAGCAUCCUUCGAUACUUGGUGUACAGGUUCGCUACCUUCACUGAGCCAGCGAUGCUCACUCCGCAUAUCCAGAGACAACAGGCGGUGUUAAAGAGCGCAGGCUCAGAUAUCCUUGCGACUGCAGAGCGCAUGCUACGUUUAGCAUGGAGACACCGACGAACGAGCACGGGCAAACCUUCUUUACGUUCAUAUUCAAUUGGUGCGUUCGCCAUGAUCUACGCAAUCUCACUUUGGAUUGGUGGAGUCUUUUCCAAUUUGGCGAUCAGUACCGGAUCAUCGAACGGCCCCUGGCCUGUCCUCGUCAGGAGUAAUCAUUGCGGGAUAUGGAAUCUGACUUACUACGACAUCGUCAACAGCGCCGACUGUUCGACGGAAGACAAUUUCAAGAUGGCUCUCCAGUACAUGGCUAAAAGGGGCCAAGACGUCCAAAUAAGUCUCGAAUAUGCCCAAGAGUGCUAUUUGGCCGCAUCGCUUACCAAUGACAAACCGCCCACCUGCGAGAUUUUCAAAACUUCCGCUCUGAAUUGGACUGUUUCCAAUACCCAAUGUCCUUUCCAAGGGCAAGCCUGCCUUGAAGGCUCCAAUGCCAUUGUCCUAGAGACGGAUCAGAUCGACUCGCACGAGGACUUGGGUAUCAACGCCGAGCCAGCAGACCGUCUGAAAUACUGGAGAAGGACAGCAUGCGCCGUUCUCAACGACACCGGUCGCGUCACGGGGUGGAAUGGCACGCUUGCGAGCACCUCGAGUCUCCAGCCUUCCAUAGCAACUGCGUAUGCUUACUACGGUCCUUCACUCUACAAGAGUACCGAGUGGACAUACUCCUACUCAAAUUUUGCAUCCUUCUUCGACAAUUUCACUUCUCAGGUGAUCCUUCCAUAUCAGCUGGACGUCGAAAUGGCUUACGCCUUAGCUAACCCGCAAUGGAGUGUCAGCGACUUUCAGCCCGUUAAGGAGCUGGUACAGAAAGACGCUGACAUCAAUCUGCUAUUCCUCAGCUACCGGGGAAUGUACAUAGCACAAGUCGACGACCCUUGGUUCUCUGCACACAACGAAGUUCGAUUCGACAGCUUGUACCCCUAUCUUCAAACCCGCUUCUCUCGCGAUCAAGCCAUCAGUACACUUGGAUGCACGGAGCAGCACAAAUUUUGUACUAAUGACAAUAUCUGCACCGACUUUCUUGGAUUCGAUCAAGUUCAGAAUGUCGCUCCUUUCAAUGGCCUACUUACACCUCAUCAAAAUGCUACUUUCGAUCGAAUGUUGCGCGCUAUUACCCUCUCGAGCCUAAGGAAUCUUGUCAUAGGCCUCGCGUUGACGACCAAUCCACUAUUGGCGAGCAACGGGACGUACAUUGGAGGCAGCGGUGCUGUGUUAUCAACCGCUCUGCCAGAGAACCAGUGGGUGCUGGAAUUGGAGUAUUACCACUCCAUCGCAAUGGCACAUCUUCAACGAACGUCUUUCCUAUGGGCUACUGGGUCAAUCGCUCCUGAACCACAAUUCGUCGACGUCGAGUAUAUCCUGCCACCCACAGAUGAACAGGACGCUUGGUUCUGCAAAAACAUGAUUCUCCGGUCCACCAUCUACCAGUCGUUCAGUUUAGUUGCCAUCAUUCUGUUUGUCACCUUCGGAGCAUCGAUUAUCAUUGCGGCGGCCAUCGUAAACAAGCUUCUCGUGAAGCCGGACCCAGAUGAGGAUCUACUUGACGACGGGGCUUCGGUGAGAUCUAGUUCUUUGAGGGGAAGUCAUGUCUCACACUCGCGACGCAGCGAGCUACUCAAGGCCUUUGAGCUGACCAAUGUGGUCGAGUCCGUCCAGAAUAGCGAUAGAGUCUUCGCUCCAAGCCUCCCAUCAAACGACCGCACAGUCUCGACGCUGAGCAGCCAGGAGAAGCCUGAAGAUGGCCAAACCCAGCCCAUAGCGCCUCCUAGACCACCAAGAUAUUCAUGGAUGGCGAUUAGCCUCGACAAUCUUGUUUCAUUGGCAAUGGAAGGACCAAGACAGAUUAGGAACUCAAUUUGGGGGACGCCGUCGAUUGGCCGUCCACCUGCUGCGUAUCUCUCCACAAGUCUAUCAGAGCGUCCCAUGGGGAACACCAUGGGUUCAUGGAUAUAA